AUGAUUACUAGAAACAGAUCUAGUCAAAAUAGUACACAAGUUAGAGGUUUAACUAAAAAGCUUAAAUUUUGGUACCAAGCUGAAGAGGAUUUCUGGAAACAAAGGCAUAGAGAUGAUAAUAUAAGAUUUGAUGAUAGGAACACUGCUUAUUUCCACAAUAAAGCUAAUUUUAGAAGGAAAAGAACACAAAUUGAUACACUUCAAAGUAGAACUAGUAAUUGGCUUACUGAUAGGGAGGAUAUUGCUGAGGACUUGUUGCAUCAUUUUUCUAGCAUGAGUAAAACCACUAAUCCAGAUAGUCCUAAUUCUUAUAUGAACAAUGUCACUCUUUGCAUAACUCAAGCUGACAAUGACAUGCUUACUGAAUGUCCUACUUAUGAGGAAGUUAAAAAUAUUGUUUUUCAUAUGAAACAUUGGUCCUCUCCUGGCCCUGAUGGCUUCCCAACAGGCUUCUACCAAAUCAUGUGGGACACUGUGGGGCAGGAUGUUGUUAAUAUGGUUAGAUCUUUCUUUCAAUCUAAGCAUAUUUUAAAACAAUUUAAUCACAAUUUCAUCACCCUAAUACCUAAAACAAAUUGUCCUAAGCAUGUUGUUGAUUUCAGGCCUAUUAGCCUUUGCAAUGCGUCCUAUAGGAUCUUAGCCUCUAGACUGAAAAGAAUAUUGAGCAAAAUCAUUGCCUCAUACCAAUCUGCUUUUGUUCCUGGUAGACUCAUUCAAGAUAACAUAGUGAUAGCCCAUGAGAUGAUCCAUUCUCUAAAGAAAACUAAAGCCAAAUAUGGAGGUAUUGCUAUUAAACUUGACAUGUCAAAAGCUGUUGAUAGGGUUGAAUGGUCUUUCUUAAUUGCCAAUUUAAAAGCUCUUGGUUUUUCUGACAAUUGGGCUCUUAGAACUGCUGAAGAAUCUAAUUUGAUUCAUGGUUUUCAAGUAACUAAAGAUGCGCCUCCCAUCACUCAUCUGUUUUUUGCAGAUGAUUGCUUAGUGUUCAUCAAAUCUAGGAUUCAAGAAGCUAACCAUUUAGCUACUAUCAUAGACCGAUUCAGUAAGUUUUAUGGUCAAGCAGUUAACUUUGACAAGUCUGUUGUUGCUUUCAGCCCUAGAGUUCCAUGUAGAACUGUCCUUAUUCAGUCUGUUCUAGGUAAUACGGCUAACCAUCACCUUGCAGUCUUUACCAUGCCAAAAGAAAUUACUAACAAGAUGGAUUCUGUGCAAAUGAACUUUCAAUGGGAGAAGGAUGAGAAAGGUGGAGGUAUCUAUCCUAAAAGAUGGCUUGAUGUUACUCUCCAAAAAUGCCUAGGAGGUCUUAAUAUUAAAAGAACAGACAUUCUAAACCUUGCCCUGUUAACCAAGCUUGCUUGGAGAUUGGUAAACCAGCAAGAUGAACUGUGGGUCAAAAUUUUAUGUUGCAAGUAUUUUAGUAACAUUAACCCUUUGAGCGAUGCUGUUUCUUCACAGGGUCCUGGAUCUGAAAGGGAAUUUGUCAAGGACUUGAGAUUGUUAAGAGACAUUAUGUGUGGGAAGUAG